AUGCCAACUCUCCCUCGAGCCGCCUUUUCAGUUCUCUCCUGCCGGCUUAUUUCGGCCGUGGGGCAGCGGGGAGCUACGACGUCCUGUCGAACUUUUCAUGCCAUCUCGCAGAAAGCUGCAGUUGCCCAUCCUAUCACUGCCCAUGGACCGCCCCCGAAACCCCCUUCGCCAGCUCCAGAAUUCGGUCGUCCGACCGAAGAAGGAAAAGACGUAAAUGUCGCAGGCAAGCCACAAUCGCAAGUGUCAAAACCAUCCUCGACUCUCGAGAAGCGAUUUUGGAAAAAUGUCGAUGUCAGGAAAAGGCCAGAUGGGGAGUACCAGGUUUUAUUGGACACGCGACCGAUUCGGACGCCCACGAAGGAUAUUUUAUCCAUUCCUUCGACGAAACCGCAUCUUGCACAUGCUAUUGCUCUCGAGUGGGACGUUAUGACGUCCGCAAGGCAGGCUUUGAAGAAUCAUCUUAUUCCGUUGACCUCGUUGACUGCGCGAGCGGGAGAUAUUGCACAAGAAGAUGCAAGGGGCGAGACUACCACGAGGGACCAGAUUGUGAAACUCGCCAUGCGCUAUCUGGAUACCGAUACUCUACUGUGCUGGGUGCCCGAGGGAAAUCCAUACGCUGGCGAGGAAUCUGAAGAAAGUGGAGAGCGGCCUGAAAGCCUUCGAGAAGCUCAAAUGAGAGUAGCCAAGGAUAUUAUCGCCUUUCUAGGCACAAAGGUGUGGCCUGGUGUCGACAUUGUACCCAUUCUUGACGCGGACAGCAUUUUGCCGGUGUCUCAGCCCCGGGCUACGAAGGACAUAAUCAAACAAUGGGUUUCGUCGCUCCGACCGCACGAUCUAGCUGCUUUAGAAAGAGGAAUUGUUGCUAGCAAGAGCCUGUUGGUUGCUGUUAGAGUGGUCGUCGAGUGGAGUGAGAAUUUCCGUCACUUGCAAAGGUCAGGACAAAAGAAGUUCGGCAUCGAAGAGGCAGCAGAAGCAUCAAGUCUUGAAGUGAGAUGGCAGACUGACAUGUGGGGAGAAGUGGAGGAUACUCAUGAUGUUGACAAGGAGGAUCUCAGGCGACAGCUUGGAAGUGUUAUCGUUGUGGUCAGCGGAGAGACCCGUGAAUGA